AUGUUCGAUCCUGAACUCCAAAGGAUCGACAAUGACCGUUUCAAUCUUCCAUACGAUAUCGAUCUCAUCGGCUCCUCGGUUGCGGGAUCGAUCCUUCAUAUGAGUGACUUACGUCGAGUACUACAAAACAGAUCCCAAGUGACCAUCUUCACCACUUCUUGCUACUCCGGCGGCUGGCUAGUGCUCCCCGACAUAAAUCGUCAGCAGCUCAACGCAACAGCGAAAAGUCAUUACGCAGAAGUAUGA